AUGGAAAAAUUCAGCGCAUAUAGGGAUGCUGGAACGGGAAUUCAGCCGUUUCUUACUCCAAUUCCUUCAAAUUCUCCUCCAACAACACUUCAAAUAGUCCAACCACUCAUCUACGCGUUUGCCGUUAUUCGUUUCGUGCUCAGUUUGAUUGUGCUGGCGGAGCACUUGCUCUUACAGGCAGUCAUCCUCGUCUUCUCCCCAAUACCGCCCCUGUACCGCUUCCUGGCUUGGCUCCUUACUGCUAUCCAUUGUCGGACGUUGCUUGCGCUCGCAGGAUAUGGUCGAAUCAAGGUGGAGCUGACAAGCAAGAAGAAAGGACGUGUUACCACGCAAGGCGAAGCAUGGUCACCAAAGGCUGGAGAUCUCAUUGUUUCAAACUGGUGCUCCUGGGCCGAGAUUCUUUGGCUAGCUUUUCGCUUCAAUCCAAUCUUCAUCAUGCCGGUUGCAAAUGCACCGCAGCAAGCAGAGGAAGAUAGCAUGAACCUCACUGGAAGAAGGACAGGAACUGGAUCAGCUGCCAUUCACAGGAACGGCGCAAUGCAAAGGACCGCCAUUGCCGGCUUUCACCGUGUCUCGUUGCUCAAGAUCCUUUCGUCGCUAGGCGAAACACCAUCGACGAACGGGCUGCCUAUAGCAGGAGCAAUGUCGCUCGAGAGUAUACGCAAAGAUGCCGACAGACCGGUGGUCGUCUUUCCUGAAUGCACCACCAGUAACGGCCGCGGGCUUCUGCGGUUUGUCGAUGUGUUUGAGUCAAGCCAUGCCGUCCCUGUCAAGGGCUAUGACGUGUUCAUCAUGUGCGCUCGGUAUGACGCGCCAACUCACUGGAAGCCCUCUGCCACGUGCUCGAUUCCCAAAAAACUUCCGAUUCCUCUUCCAGAGCCUCUGGUGCAAAUGUUCACCAUCCCGUUUGAGCCGUCCCGCCUCACCAUCCGUCUCCUCCCACUUUCAGAAGGUCCAAGUUCGGCCUUAUUUCUCUCAAGUGAUACGCUGGUCGGAGGAGGAACGAAAGACACACUUUCAGAAGCAUGUUCAGUCCUCAUCUCCCAAGUUGGCAAGUUGAAACGUACUGGUCAAGGCUGGGAAGAGAAGAGCUCGUUCUUGUCCUUUUACUAUACCAAGAGUUAG